AUGGACCCAGCUCGUCUCCUCCUCCUUGGCUUGCUGUGGGGCUGCAGCGGGCGACCCGCUGACAAGCUGGCGGUGGUGCCGCAGGAGCCGGUGGUGCGGUACGGGGGCUCGGCACAGCUGAACUGCUCCCUGGCCUGCACGGGGGGCACGGUGCAGUGGAAGGGGCUGGACACCAACCUGGGGAGCAUCACCUCCUUCCCCACCCACAGCAUCCUGCACAUCAGCAAUGCCGUGGUUGCCAUAGGGGGCACCAAGAUCUGCCAGGGGACCUGCCAUGGGAAGCAAUACCAGCACACUGUCGACCUGAAGGUCUAUGCCCUCCCAGAUAAGCUGGAGCUGGAGGCGGACCCCCGGCUGGUGCUCACCUGGUACCGGGGAGGCCAAGCGCUGGAGGAGAAAGACUUUGAUACCACGGAGACUGACGAGGAGCUGUUUGACAUCGUGUCCACGCUGAUGGUGGCUGGGAAGGAGGUGGGAGAAGGAGUGGAGUUCAGGUGCAAGGUGACACUGAGCAUCAGGCAGGAAACCUUCACCUGGGUGGCAUCUGUGGUGGCAAAUGCUAGUG